GAUGAAGAGAAGAAGAGUCUGCAGUCAUUCCCCGCCGAGAGCUACAAUUUAGGAAAAGACGUUGACCAAAUAAACCUCCUAACCCCCCCACCAUUCACAAUUAUUGCAUGGAAAGCGUGCCCAUGUCGGCAUCAUCGAUCCCCAACCUGCUCUCCUUGCGGGGCGGGGCAAACGGUCGAGGCCGGGGUCGGGCCCGAGGUGGCCUAGGCCGGGGUGGUGGUCCCGGAUCCGGACCCGGCCCCAGCCACGACGCAACAAUACAGGGCACCGACACCGACGCAGCCGUCUCUCGUCUGAGUGCGGUAGAAUUAGGUUACCUAUCAGAUCCUUACGCCCGGCUCUUCGUGCAAGGUCCUGCCACUCGUCGUCUCCCCAUCAUCAACAGGGGCACCUACACGCGGACCACCGCCAUCGAUGCUCUCGUCGACCGCUUCCUGGCCUCUACCAGCCCGGAUGAACCUAGGCAAAUCGUCUCCCUGGGCGCGGGCACCGACACCCGCUGCCUACGCCUCUUCGCUUCAGCUCAACACCAUCGCAACAUUGUCUAUCACGAAAUCGACUUCCCAACGAUCAUAGCCCGCAAACAAGCCAUCAUCGGCUCCACCUCUUUUCUACGAACCCUUCUCUCCACACCAGAACCCCUCUCGCCUACUACAUGGCACUCCCACUCGCUCACCCCUCCCGACGGCGGAAACAACAACACCCUCACCCUCCACGGCCUCGACCUCCGCACCCUAACCGCCUCCACCCCUCCCCUCCCCAACCUCAUCCCCACCGCCCCGACCCUCCUCCUAUCCGAGUGCUGCCUCUGCUACCUCCCGCCCCAGCACGCCAGCGCCGUGCUAUCCCACUUCAGCACGCACCUCCCCCGCCACCACCUCGGCCUGGUCCUCUACGAACCCAUCCUGCCGCGCGACCCCUUCGGCAAGACGAUGGUGUCCAACCUCGCGGCGCGCGGCAUCCGCAUGCCGACGCUCGACGCCUACCCCGCGCCGGCCGACCAGGAGCGCCGGCUGCGCGAGGCCGGGUUCGCCGAGGUGCGCGCGCGGACCGUGGACGGGAUCUGGGAGGGCUGGGUCGGGGAGGGGGAGAAGGAGAGGGUGGAUUCGCUGGAGGGCGGGUUGGAUGAGGUGGAGGAGUGGCGGUUGCUCGCGGGGCAUUAUAUCGUGGCUUGGGGGUGGAGGGGCGAGAUGGGGGAUUUGGAUGUUGGGGGUGGCGGUGGUGGGGGGUAGGGGACGGGCCAUGGC